AUGAAUAGAUACUUUCAACGAAAAGGGAACGUAGAUAGUGUUGAUGAGGGGGUAUCGAAUAAUGUGGAUGUUGAUGAGGGGGCAUCGAAUAAUGUCGAGUUUGAUGUCACAAAACUUCCAACUGAUCCUGGUCUAAGGAUACCAAUUUUGGAUUACAAUGCUAACAUCCGAGAUGAAGUUCGAAGAGCAUAUAUGUUAAAGGGUCCUUGGCACUCAUUUCGAGGUUAUGAUGAAUCUGAGGAUUCUUCCAAUCCAGGUAACUUCUUAGUACAAUUGCAAUUUUUGGCUGCUCAUAAAGAAGCUAUCAAUGCCGUCACAUUGGGAAAUGCUUCUCACAAUUGCAAAUUGACAUCACCUGAUGUUCAAAAUGAUAUAGUAAAUGCUUGUGCUAUUGAAACAAUCAAUGUUAUUAUCAAAGAUGUUGGCGAUUCACUAUUUUCUAUUCUAGUUGAUGAAUUUUGUGAUGUGUCAAUGAAGGAGCAAAUGUCUAUUGUUUUACGUUAUGUAGACAAUAGUGGGCAUGUCAAUGAACGCUUCAUAGGGAUUGAACAUGUUACAAGUACCACAGCUCUAUCACUUAAGGAUGCAAUUGAUAAGGUAUUUUCUAGAUAUAACUUGAGUAUGUCUAGAUUGAGAGGACAAGGUUAUGAUGGAGCAAGUAAUAUGCUAGGUAAGUUUAAUGGUUUGAAAACACUCAUUUUGAAGGAGAGUUCAUGUGCCUUUUACAUUCACUGUUUUGCUCAUCAACUCCAACAUGCGCUUGUGGCUGUGGCAAAGAAGAACAUCCUUAUUACUAAUUUCUUUCGUGUGGUUGGGAACGUGAUAAAUACUGUUGGAGCAUCUUCUAAGCGUUGUGAUCUUCUUCGAGAAAAACAAUUAGACUUUAUUGUUGAGGCAUUGGAAAAAGAUGUAUUUGCAAUGAUUGUUGAAGAUGAAUCUUGUUCUUGUUCUUGUAAUCAAAGAUCUGAUGCAACAAAUUUAUUGGAGUUGAUACAAAGAUUUGAUUUUGCAUUUAAUCUACAGUUGAUGAGAAGUGUGUUUGGGAUGUCAAAUGAACUGUCAAAGGCAUUGCAAAGAAAAGAUCAAGAUAUUGUGAAUGCAAUGCAAUCGGUGAGAUUGUGCAAACGACGACUCCAAAUAAUGAGAGACGAAAGGUGGGACUUCUUUUUUGAAGAAGUAUGUUCUUUUUGUCAACAACAUUACAUUCAUGUACCCAACAUGGAUGAUAUGUUUGUACGCCUUGCAAUUCAUGGUCGCCCUCAGCGUAAUUCUCCAAAAAUUACAAAUUUACAUCAUUAUCGAGUAGAUUUGUUCUACUCUGUCAUCGAUUUACAACUUCAAGAAUUGAAUGAUCGUUUCUCGGAGGUAAAUACAGAGUUACUCCUUUGUGUAGCUUGUUUAUGCCCACAAGAUUCAUUUUCUUCUUUUGACAAGAAAAGCUUAAUUAGACUUGCUGAGCUUUAUCCAUUAGAUUUCUCUGCAGUAGAUGGCAUUUUACUUAGCGAUCAACUUGAGACUUAUAUUUUGGACAUGCGCUCUAACAAAGAAUUUGAAAAGUUGAAUGACCUUGGUGAUCUUGCGGAGAAGUUGGUUUUGACAAAGAAAGAUAAGGUACCUAAACAGAAUUUAAUUGUCCUUCAAGCGAUUCAUGAUGUUAGUAAGCGUGAUCAGUUUUUUAUGAAACCGAGAUUUGAAUUUGAGAUUGCUUUGGCUGGAUUGUUGAAUUGA